AUGAAUCAGCAGCAUCAUGACAAAUGUUCUCUGGAUAUUGAAACCAUUAAUAAAAAGAUAAAGUUUGAAUGUGAGGUAUGCGGGAAACAAUACUCUACGAAAGGCACCAUGAAUCAACACCUCAAAAAACAUUUUGCGAAGAAGACUCAUGAAUGUACUGCUUGCGGAAAAAGAUUUAUAUUCAAACGUUACCUGGAUAAACACAUUAUUUCCCACGCCCAUCCAGACUUGAAACCGCAUGAAUGUGGAAUAUGCAAGAAAAAAUUUUCUGUUUUAAGUGUCUUGAAAAUACAUCUACUCAUUCAUUCGGAAAACAGAAAGUACCAUACAUGUGAAAUAUGUGGGAAAAAAUUGACAAGUAUGAGAAAUCUGGAAGAACACAUGUUAAGUCAUAUUGGUGUCAAAUUACAUAAAUGUGAAAUAUGCGAAAAGAAACUUACUACUGCUGGUGGUUUGAAAGUGCACUUGAGAACUCAUUCGAAAGAAAAGCCGUAUGCGUGUGAGACAUGUGAAAAAACGUUUAGUCGUAGCAGUAACCACAACAGACAUUCGAAAAACCAUACUGACAAGAGAGGAUAUAAAUGUGAAAUUUGUUCGAAAAUAUUUAGUUGGAAAAGCAGUCUUAAAUUGCAUAUGGGAACCCACAUCGGUGACAAGAGGUAUCAAUGUGGAAAAUACUUGACUGGAACUCAUAGUUUAAAUCGUCAUCAAGUUGUUCAUAGUGCAGAAAGAAAUCAUAAUUGUCCAUUGUGUGACAAAUCAUUUAAGCGUGCAGACGAUGUGGAUAAACAUUUGCGUGUGCACACUAGUUAG